AUGUCUUUGCUGGACUCCACGUAUCUCAGCAGCAUCAAAGGAGCACAGGCCUUCAUCAGCAUGGACCCCAACCUGCUACGAUUUCCGGAGGUCGUUCUAGAAAGGAUCCAGAUAAAGAUAGAGGAUGACCCAUCGCCUUCCAUCAAUACAGACGGAGAGGAUGAGAAAAAGGAAAUGAAGGACGAAGAAUGGCCAAACAAGACGCAGCAAAAUGGGGAGGUGUCCUACUACACCCACGUGGGGAGCGCAGUGUACCGGAGCCGAGGCUCUGGGAAGGAACGCAGGAAAGACGCGGUCAGAGCGGGUCACAGAUUUGGAUGCAUUGGCUCCCUGAGUGAGAUGGAGCGCGGCGGAGGACACCGGCGGGGAGGGAGGAAGAAGAGAGGCGGCUGGCACCAUUUGGCCUUCCGGGACCGCCAGCAGUUCCAGCGCAAACUGAAGAAACACAACAUGACGUACAUGGAGGAGGAGCGCCAGAGGGGGCAGCGCUUCAGCGAGGAGGAGAACGAAGCUCUGGUGGAGAACGUCCUCAUUUAUUACCGGGAAUUAUGCGGUCACUCCGCCGUGAAGGGCAGCGCCACGCGGAAGAGGCGGCUGUGGCAGGAGGUGGUGAACAAAGUCAACAGCGUGGCAACGACGUACCGGACCAUCGAGGUGUGCAAGAAGCGCUACGGCGACUGCAGGCGAGCGGUGAAGCUGAAGAUGGCGGCUCUGGAGCAGCAGGCGCUGGGAAGGGGCGACCCCCACGAGCAGAUCAGAUUCAACAGCUGGGAGGACAAACUGCGGCAGAAGAUCUCCGCUCUGAUGUGCGGCGGAGGGCAGCAGGUCCUGGAUACGUGCGAACCUACCAUGCUGGAGCUCGCCGGCCUCAACCCCAUGGAGAUCCUUGGCUCCGCCCUCUGCCAUUCCUGGACCCCCACCGUGGACACGGCAGCCUCCUCCAUCGGCAGCGGGGGGCUCGGUGGAGACGUUCUCCGGAGGGUGAAGAGGCCACGUCACCCCUGGACGUGCAGAUUGUCAGCGAAUGGUCGGAGGUGGAGUCGCCCCCAAAAUCACAGCGAGAGGACGGAGCUGCCUGAACCCCCAUCAGAGCCCAAAGCCUCCGCCCACAUGGACAGCGGCGAACAUGUGACCGACCCUCAGCCCGCCAUUCACCGACCAGCAUUACCAGCGUCUCCAGGAGGAGCUGAACCAGAGCCUGAGGCAGAUGACGAGGGCCCACAGCUCCGAGCUGCACAAGCUGCGGGAGAACGUUGGUGGAGGGCCACAGUCGCAUCGUACAGCACCUGGAGGGCGUGGCCUCGGAGGUGCGGGAGUUAAACGCCCACGUGCGGCAGAUCCACCAUGAACCAAGCGCACUUCAACCUCAUGUUCCAGAACUAUCUCAGUGACACCAAACAGUUCUAACGGGGCCAUGGUGCAAGCCAUGAGGAAUCUACAGCAGCCCCAAGCCGUCAGCCCCAUGGCUUCCGCCGCGUCCUGCCCCUGCGGCGUCACCUAAGGCCCCACCCAUCGCCAACCCCGCCCAAUCCGCUGCUACUGACUUCAAACGCCUGACUUUACCACCCUGUCCCCGGCGGGAUCGGCCGAACCGGCCUCCGCCUCCUCCACCGCAUCAGAGGUACCGGUCUACACCAGCAACCACAGCACCCGGAGGUCCUCUUCAGCCUUCCAACCCCAAAAAAACCAUUAA